CCAAGAAAUCGAUUUUCUAACCGUAAAAAAUAUAUGAUUGUGGCGUGGACACAUUAGAAAAAUUUGUUAAAAUAACUUGUUUUAUACGUCAUUACUGUUAAAACAGUAUUUAAAUGAACGUGCAUAGACAGCCCUAAAUAUGUUAACAACAAAGGUGUUUUUCAGGAGAACGAAGGGAGGGAAUGUAUUUAAGACCGUCAGAGAACACUAUCUCAGGGAUGAUAUUUAUUGCGGCUCUAAUGCCUGUGAGAAAUGUAAAUCAAGGCCUCGAGACAUGGUGUUGGAUGAAGAAAAUGCUGGUGCAAAGUCUUCUUUACUUCCAACUCCAUAUUUCCUUGUACUCGAUACAAAUAUAAUUCUGGAUCAGAUUGAUAUAUUGGAAGAAGAUGUUAUUACCAACGUAAUUAUUCUGCAAACGGUGCUGCAAGAAAUUCGCCACAGGAGUUCCACUGUAUACAAGAAGCUAAAGAACAUCAUAGGAGACCAGAAACGGAGAUUCUUUGUGUUUAUCAACGAACAUCAUCAGGAGACUUAUAUCGAAAGAAAACCGGGUGAAAAGAUGAACGAUCGUAAUGACAGAGCAAUACGAGUCGCAGUGAAGUGGUACAAUAAUCAUUUGGCAUCUAGUAACUCCAGUGUGAAGGUUGUCCUGCUGACAGACGAUGUGGAAAAUAAGACUCGUGCAGCUGAAGACAACAUAACUGCUGUAUCGAUGGAAGAUUAUAUUGCAUCGUUGGAGAAUUCAAGUUUCCUACUGGACAAAUUAUGUAAGCGUUCUUACGUCUUGGACACCCAGAGCCGGGAAUUGUUCCCUUGUCACCUGACGCCUGCAGAGGUGCACGACGGCAUCUCGUCCGGCAGAUUGUUACAAGGGACGUUCUUGCCGUCGAGGGAAAAUUUCCUCGAAGGGAACGUCAAUGUUGAGGGAAGAGACAAGCCGAUAUUUGUGCAAGGACGGACUAAUCUGAACAGGGCGGUUGAUGGCGACGUAGUCGCCGUGGAAAUCUUACCGGAUGAUCAGUGGUCGUCGCCGAGCGAAAUCGUUCUGCAGGACGAGGAAGGUGCGGACGCCGAUGACGUUCCGGAGGAUGAAAAGAUAUUGACUAAGCAGAAUCUGGCAAAGAUAAAAGAGGAAGUACCGACAGGCAAAAUUGUCGGUAUUAUCAGGAGGAAAUGGAGACAGUACUGUGGAAUAUUGCAGCCGAGUGCAAUUAAAGGGAAUGUACGUCAUCUGUUUGUUCCGGCCGAGAGAAAGAUCCCAAAAAUCCGAAUAGAGACUAGACAAGCUGAGAUCCUGAGCAAGCAGAGAAUCAUCGUCGCCCUGGACUCGUGGCCGCGAAAUUCGAGAUAUCCGCUCGGCCACUUUGUACGCGCGCUCGGUAAUAUAGGAGACAAGGACACGGAGAACGAGGUUCUGCUCUUGGAGCACGACGUCCCGCACAGUCGUUUCUCCGAGGCUGUCCUCAGCUUUCUGCCGCAGCUGCCGUGGGUCAUCACAGAAGCGGAUGUUGCGCAAAGGGAAGAUCUGCGACACCUGGAUAUCUGCUCCGUGGACCCGCCGGGCUGCACGGACAUUGACGAUGCAUUGCAUUGCAGAGGUUUGCCGAACGGCAAUUUCGACGUCGGUGUACACAUCGCAGAUGUGUCACACUUCAUAAGGCCUGGGACUGCGCUGGACAAAGAGGCGGCUUUACGCGCUACCACUGUGUACCUCGUCGACAAACGAAUAGACAUGGUACCAGAAUUACUCAGCUCGAAUCUUUGCUCCCUGCGAGGUAAAGAGGAACGAUUUGCAUUUUCUUGCAUGUGGGAGAUCAGCCCCGACGCGAACAUAGUCAGCACGAGAUUCUGCAAAUCGAUAAUUUGCUCGCGUCAAGCGAUGACAUACGAGGAAGCACAAUUGAGGAUCGACGAUGCCACUCAGCAGGAUGCCAUUGCAUCCUCAUUAAGAGGACUAAAUCAGCUAGCGAAGAAAUUAAAGAAGAAACGCUUAGAAAAUGGUGCUUUAACUCUAGCAUCGCCGGAGAUACGUUUCCAAGUAGACAGCGAGACGCACGAUCCUAUUGAUGUGGAAGCGAAGAAAGUGAGGGAGACUAAUUCGAUGGUGGAGGAAUUCAUGUUGCUCGCAAACAUCAGCGUCGCUGAGAAGAUACUGGCGGAAUUCCCGGAAUGCGCCAUGCUCAGGAGACACCCCGAACCACCACAGAGCAAUUUCGAGCCACUAGUUAAAGCUGCGAGACAUCAGGGCUUCUUCAUCAACACAACUACCGGUAAGGAAUUGGCGCGGUCGCUGGAAGAAGCCAGAAAGGAAUCGAACCCUUACUUCAACACAAUGUUGAGAAUAUUAGCCACGCGGUGCAUGCUGCAAGCAGUGUAUUUUAUCAGUGGAAUGCAUCAGCUGGAAGAAUUUGCGCACUACGGAUUGGCGUGCCCGAUUUACACGCAUUUCACGUCCCCCAUUCGAAGAUACGCCGAUAUCAUUGUGCAUCGACUGUUAGCCGUAUGUAUCGGAGCCGAUGCGACUUAUCCAGAAUUAUUGGACAAGAAGAAGAAUCACAUAUUGUGUCAUAAUCUGAAUUAUCGCAAUCGAAUGGCGCAGUACGCUGGCCGAGCCUCAGUCGCACUUCACACACAUCUAUUUUUCCGCAACAAAGUUCAGGAUGAGGAAGGCUACAUUCUUUUUGUACGAAAAAAUGCUCUGCAAGUGCUUAUACCGAAGUACGGCUUGGAAGGAACGUUAUACCUUAAUAAUCCUGGUACAUCCUCUGUCACAUUUACGUACAAUUCGGAGGACCAAUCUCAGACCUGCGGAGACAUCGUGUUUCGAGCAUUCGAUCUUAUUAUAGUACAAAUGAGUUUGGACAGAUCCAAUGUUCAACACGAGAAGUUAAUCUUUAAACUCGUAAAGCCAGAGAUUCCAGACUUUAGCGUUCCUCCAUUAAGCAGAGAUGUCAGUGCUACUGAAGAAAAUUCUACGAAGGAAGCGUUAAAACGAAAGGUGGAAGCUGCACAAGAGUCAACUAACGGUCAAAGUAAAACAGGAAAGAAGAAGAAGAAAAAGAAGAAUUGAGAACAUUCGUGCCUUCGUCAGGUGUGAUGCGAAAUUAUAUAUUAUAUUUUUGUACACAUAUUCUUAUUAUAAGAACACACGAUUGUUUUUAUAAAAACUGUAUUAUCUUCCUAUUUGACAUUAUUCACAAUUUACAAAGUCUUUAUAACAAGACAAGAAAAAUUGUCAAUGACCUAUUGUUAUAGAUUAUUCCCAGAGAAAACUUACGACGCAUUUACGGCAAAACGUAAUGCCUGACUUUCCCUCACUGAAUUAUUACAGCAUUUUCUUUGUCACAAGAAAUGUAUAAAAUGAUCAGCACAUUAUCGCAAAUAAACAAACUGACAUUACGAAUAAAAAAAA